UGCAGCACCGAGCACCGAGGCGGAGCACCGAGAGCCGGCUGGCUCCGAGCAUGGCGCGGGAGCUGAGCCAGGAGGCCGUGCUGGACUUCCUCUGGGCAGCCGGGGGCCGAGCGCCCAACGCGGCGCUGCUCCGCCACUUCCAGCGCUUCCUCCGCGACCCGGCGCUGACGGAACAGCAGCGGCAGGAGCGCCGCGAGUACUUCAAGAGCCUCGUCAAUUCCCUGGCCACCGUCCGGCCCGCCGCCGCCCCCGGCGCCUCCAAGGACAUCGUCCUUCGACGCAGGUACCGCGACCUCCUCGAUGAGGAGCUGCCGCCGCCGGAGGAGGAGCAGGAGCAGCAGGAGGAAGAGCAGGACCCGCCGCCGCCGCCGCCCCAGCGCGACCCCGACCGGCGGCGCGGCCCCUCCGGGGAGGCGGCGGCGGAGAAGCGGCGGCCCGGUGGAGGGCAGCCUCCGGGGGCCGCUGUCGCGGGGGGCUGCUCUGCCCGGGGACGCGGCGGACCCUGCUGCGAGUGCCGCCGGGCGCUACGCGCUGCCGCCGCUGCCCCGCGGUGCCCUGGGGCGCCGACCCCCGCCGUGCCGCCGCACUCCCGCCCCCAGCCGCCGCCCCCUGCUCAGCCGCCCCCGUACCGGACACGGCCGCUGUCCUCUGGCCCCUGGGUUCUGCAUCCCGACGGACCACCGUGCUAUCGGCCCCCGACACUGCCGUCUGGUUCUGGGGAGUUAAUCCCCGUCGAGCCGCCCCCGUGCCGAUUGCCGCCGCCGCCUCCCGCCGGGCCGCCCCCAUACCAGACCCCCCAGCCGCCCUUGGUUAUACCACGCCAGCCCCGGUCCCCACCACUGCUUCCAGCCGGGUCAGGGUCAGCCUCAGCGCCGUUCGAGUCCCUGCCGCCUAGAAAGCCACCGCCUACCCAGUCCGUGCCACUGCCACCGGGACCCGGGGUGCUGCCUCCUGCCGGGACGUCCCUGCCUAAGCCGCCCCCACCCUCAGGUGGGCCAGGGGAGCAGCCCACCACCCGGCCACCCCAGUCCCCACUACUGCCACGGGACCCCAGGGUACUAUCCCCCACCAGGCCACCCCCAUCCCGGUCCCUACAGCCACCCCUCGCUGAGCCGCCUCCAUUCCGGUCCCGGCCGCUGCUGUCCGCCCCGGGGGUGCUACCCCUGUCCCGGUCCCUGCAGACACUACCCUCCAGCUCCUCUCCACUCCCACCGCUGUUCCCAGGCCCAGAUGUUCUGCCCUCCAGACUGCCCCCGUCACAGUCCAGGUCCCUGCAGCAGCUCCCCACCAGGCCAUCCCCAUCCCUGCCGAGGGGAUCCAAGGUGUCGACCCUCAAAGGACCAACUCAAUCUCAGUCCGUGCUGCUGUACCCACACCAGCCCCUGCCACUGCUGUCAGGUGCUGAGGAUCUGUCUCCCACCAGGCCACCCUCAUCUCAGUCCUCCAUCCAGCUAUCCCUGCCCCAGUCCCUGCAGUCACUUUCUGCCAGGCCACCCCCAUCCCAGUCCUUGCUGCCAGCACAGGGCCCUGCAAAGCCCCAACCGCCAGAGAGCAGCGCCGCAGCACCGCUGCCUGUUUUCAGGAGCAUCAGGUGCCAGCUUGCUCUCUCGGAGGUGCAGAGCAUCCCCCCUUCGCCGCCAGACCUCAGCAGGCGGCAGCCUCGCACCAUGCCCUCCAGGAACUCCCCAAAGACUAGCACCGGCCGGGGGCUGUCAGUGCCACUGGGGCAGCGGGAGCAUGCCUGGCUUGUGGCGAUGUCAGCGGGGCGCUGGGCUGGGGUGCGGGGACUCUUCCUGGAGGAGCCAGAGCUGGCCCUGCAGCGAGACUUCAUGUCGGGCUUCACCGUCCUCCACUGGCUGGCCAAGCACGGCGACGGGCCCGGCCUGCAGGAGCUGGCGGCAGCGGCGCGGCAGGCUGGGCUGGCUCUGGACGUGGAUGCGCGCUCGGGCUGUGGCUACACUCCGUUGCACCUGGCUGCCAUCCACGGCCACCAGCUCGUCAUCAAGGUGCUGGUGCUGCAGCUGGGGUGCCAGGUGCAGAUACGGGACAGCAGCGGGCGUCGGCCCUGGGAGUACCUGGACGGCUCCACCUCGGGGGAGAUCUGGCAGCUCCUGGAGGCACCCCGAGGCACGAUCAUGUUCCCCACGCAGCCCCUGGCACACUGCGCGCCCUCCGACAGCAAGGUCUCGCUGUCCGCUGGCAGGGCAGCGCUGCCUGCCUGCCUCAGGCCACAGCACGGCCACCGAAACAGCGGCAAGAGCAACUGAGAGACAGCUCCCUGGCAUCCUCUGCCAGCAGAAGUGGGUGCUUGGGGCCAUCCUGCAAAAGGAGGCCGAGUGGGCAGAAGAAAAGCUGUGAAACGGAUUGAAGGUGUCGAAGGAUGUACUUUUAAAUUAUUCCAAUGAACCAUU